AUGGAUCUUCCCCAGAUCGAAUCGCUAGGAGAGACACUGUCUGCCUCGACUGAGCAGCAACGCAAGAUCUCAGUGAGGGGCACAACCUCCUCACUGGCAACACGAUACGAGCACUGGCGCAUGCUGCUGCUGCAGGCCCGGGGCGAGCUGGAGGCCUUGAUCGAUUUCUCCGAAGACCAACACUUUGACGAAUCACCUGCUGUGCUAUGCGCCUCCGUCGCAUCUCAAGUCCGUGCCUUGCAGGUGCAGAUGGAGGCGCACGUUGCCAACGCCGUUCGUGGAGAGAUGCUGCGCAAUGGCAUUAGCGUUGCGCUUCUCGGUGCACCUAACGCAGGCAAGAGCAGUUUGCUGAAUCGCAUUGUUGGACGAGAUGCCGCCAUCGUGUCCGAAGAAGCUGGCACAACGCGCGACGUGGUUGAGAUCGGAUUGGAUCUGGGUGGGUGGCUUGUCAAGAUUGGAGACAUGGCCGGCCUUCGCCAGGCUGGUGUCGCAGGUGCGACCGUCGUUGGGGCCGUUGAACAGGAAGGCAUCAAGCGCGCAAAGCAACGAGCACUCGAGUCAGACGUGCUGAUUGUCGUUCAAGACGCCACAGCCGAGAUGGAUCCUGAGGUUAUGGCGACGGCAAAGCAGUGCGCUGAUGUCGGCAUCGAGGUCAUCGUUGCUCUCAACAAGCGCGACCAACUUUACACGUUCGAUAUCUCGCGGGAGAAAUGGGAAGAAAAGAUACACUCCGCCCUGGGCCUCUCUAAAGACCGCCUGUGCUUCAUUACAUGCAAGCCACCCACAGGGCCGAUACCUUGUCCAACUAGCGACAACAUUCCGGAAUUCCUCACUAUCUUGCAGGAUACUUUCAAGUCUAUGACAGCCGCGUUAGUUCCUGACUCGGAUCCCGAUCCAAGCAUUUGGCAAGAGUCAUUAGGCGCAACCGAGCGUCAACGUCUUCUUCUCUCCGAAUGUCUCAGCCACCUUUCCGCCUUCCUCACAACCGUAACCGAGCCCUCGGCCGAUACAGCCAGAACCGGUGAGGAACUACCAGGCGAGGCCGACGAGGUCGAUAUUGUGGUCGCUGCAGAGUGCCUUCGCUCCGCCGCCGACGCAUUGGCCCGCAUCACAGGCCGGGGUGACAGCGGCGACGUGGAAGAAGUGUUGGGGGUCGUUUUCGAAAAGUAA